CUGUCUCGCAAACAUCCGCUGUAACUUGCAGGAUUAUGAAAGCAUGAUUAGUGACCACAUUGUAAGUGCGUCAGCGAGUACAAGCGGGCAGAUGGCGGUGUUUGGAUGGCUUAUUUAGGGCCUCGUCUGGGACGGUUACGCAUCUUUCUCCCCGGUGUUACCGUGUUCAGACUCCUCGCUACGGUCGGGAUGGACGACAUGGGUCUGGCAAUGAGUCGUUCCCCGCUGGAGCGGCUCGACUUCGACAACGUCGCUCUCAAGAAACUCCCCCUGGACUCGUCCGAGGAGCCGGGGGUGCGGCAGGUGAAGGGAGCGUGUUUCUCCCGGGUGAAGCCGCAGCCGCUGACCAAGCCUCGGUUCGUGGCUGUGUCACACGAAGCCCUGGCGCUGCUGGGGCUCAACGGAGAGGAGGUCAUGGACGAUCCGCUCGGGCCAGAGUAUCUCAGCGGAUCCAGAGUUAUGCCUGGAUCCGAGCCCGCCGCUCACUGCUACUGUGGCCACCAGUUCGGCCAGUUCGCCGGGCAGCUGGGCGACGGGGCGGCAUGCUACCUCGGGGAGGUGAAGGUGCCACCCGGACAAGAUCCCGAACUGCUACGGGAAAACCCGAGCGGCCGGUGGGAGAUUCAGGUGAAAGGAGCUGGACUGACCCCUUAUUCCAGACAAGCUGAUGGCCGUAAGGUCCUGCGCUCCAGUAUAAGAGAGUUCCUGUGCAGCGAGGUUAUGUUCUUCUUGGGUGUUCCCACCACCAGAGCAGGCUCCAUAGUGACCUCUGACAGCAGGGUCAUACGGGAUGUGUACUACAGCGGGCAUCCUCGCCAUGAGAGAUGCUCUGUGGUGCUCCGUAUUGCUCCCACCUUCCUCAGGUUUGGAUCCUUUGAGAUCUUCAAGCAGGCCGACGAGCACACGGGCCGUCAGGGUCCCAGCUAUGGACGUGACGAGAUCCGAGGUCAGAUGAUGGAUUACGUCAUUGAGAUGUUCUACCCUGAGAUCCAGCAGAAUUACCCAGAUAGGGUGGAGAGGAACGUGGCUUUCUUCAGAGAGGUGAUGCGCCGUACAGCUCGACUCGUGGCUCAGUGGCAGUGUGUAGGUUUCUGCCAUGGGGUCCUGAACACAGAUAACAUGAGCGUCCUGGGACUCACGCUGGACUAUGGUCCAUAUGGAUUUAUGGACAGGUUCGAUCCAGAUUUCAUUUGCAAUGCCUCUGACAACUCCGGCCGAUACUCCUACCAGGCCCAGCCAGCAAUCUGCAGGUGGAACCUAGUGAAGCUGGCAGAGGCUCUUGCCCCAGAGCUGCCCCCAGACCAGGCUGAAGCCGUUAUGGACGAGUACCUGGAUCUGUAUAAUGGAUUCUACCUAGAGAACAUGAGGAAGAAGUUGGGCUUAUUGAAGAAGGACGAGCCUGAGGAUGAGAUGCUGAUCACUGAGCUGCUGCAGACCAUGCACAACACAGGUGCUGAUUUCACCAACACCUUCCGUAGCUUGAGUCAGGUUUCCUGUCCCACCGAGGGAGAAAGUGAGGGAGAAGAGGACCUUGUCAAGAAAACCACAGACCUGCUUGUGGAGCAGUGUGCCACCUUAGAGGAGCUUAAAUCUGCCAACAAACCCACUAUGGAUCCACGUGAGCUGGCGAUGCUGCUCUCUAUGGCUCAGAGCAACCCAGCGCUGUUCCAGAUGAUCUCAGACAGGGGGACAAUUGCGAGGCAGUUAGACAGACUCAGCAAACUGAAAGACCUGAUGGAGACUAGCCAGGAAGAGCUGAAAACCAAACAGGCCGAGGAGUGGACCGGCUGGAUCACACGCUAUAGGAAGCGUCUGGCCCUUGAGCUGGAAGGCCAGAGUGAUGUGCAGGCCGUGCAGGAGGAGAGGGUGAGGGUGAUGGACAGCACCAACCCCCGUGUGAUACUCAGGAACUACAUUGCCCAGAAUGCAAUUGAGGCGGCUGAGAAUGGAGACUUUUCUGAGGUCCAGCGGGUGCUCAAGGUUCUGCAGAAGCCUUUUUCUUCACAGCCAGGUCUGGAGCUUCCUGCAUGGGUGGGUGGAGGCGAGGGCACCGGACAGGCAGAGAGGGACGAAGGAGAGGAGCAACAGCAAGAGGCGGCGUCUACAUCUACAGCCAGAAAUCCUGUCCCAUAUGACAGCAAGCCCCCGGCUUGGGCCCGUGAAAUCUGUGUCACAUGAUCUUCAUAAUAACUUCCUUGAUCGUUAGCUUUUCUGCCUAAAAUGAUGAGAGAGUUUAUUUUUCUUAUUUUUUUGUAUCCAGUCACUGUAAAACUUUCUCUCUUACUUUGGCAGGCAGCGUCAGGGAAGUUAGAAUGAGGCACCGCACCCCACAGGCCACCUAGCUGUACCAAAGCAGACAGGGAAUAAGUUGAGUUUGGUGGUAUAAAAAUGUGACGGAAGCCGUGCAGUGAGUAAACCUCACUCCACGACACCUUAAGAGACGCACUGGCGACCGGCGCUAGCGCUUGUGGGUUUUUAGCCUCCUCGUCAGCGGGUCCGCCUCCCGUACCCGAGGUUGCUGGCUCGAGUCAGGAACUGUUCUUGGGAGCAGCCGGAUACAAAUACAUAGAAUUACAAAUAUGAUGCUGGGAAAGGGCUUUAAUGUGAUUAUUUUCUUCCAUAGCUAUACAAAUCAACAUUGAAAGAUAUCAGUGUUUAACAUAUAAAGAAAUUAGACAUCAUAUGAGCUGUGUUCCUCAUGCAUUCCUGCAGAGGGCAUUUGUGCUUCAAACAGGAUGUCACCGUGUUUUAAAAAUGACUAGACGAGGGGUUGCCUAGGUCACCCAUAAAUCCAUGGUAACAUUUUUUUACGGUAGAAUUUUUGUAGAUGCUCCUGAAUGCAAGAUGCAUUAAGUUCAGGGCGGGGACCCGUUUAUGAAAUAUCUGGCAUGCAACCAAAGACAUAAAAAAUUGUUUGUCUUGUUCCCUGCCUGCUUGGUGUUCAGCUAGCUACUAAUGAUGACUCAGACAACAAGUCCUACAGUGACCUGUCUGACUCUGACAAACAGUGGGGUGUCACCUCAACUUAUACCAAAUAUUUCUGUGUGAGAGUGAGUGAGUGAUUGGGAGAAAGAGAGGUUGUUCGGGGGUAUGUAUUUGGGAGAGUGAUUGCUCUUGAUCCAAUAAGCCGCAAUAGAAAAACACGCACAAUAUAUAUUCUCCUGUAAUAGAAAACAUUGCCUUUUGCCACUGUCAUAGCAUCACUUUAUAUGCACAGAGCCACAAACAUCACUUACCACUUUUUGCUACUUAAUAUGUUCAGAAAGCAUCUAAACAAAACUACAGUAGAUGUCGAGAUAAGGAAAAGUGGAAACUGCAGGUUAGAUUUGACUGUUUUGGUUAGGCUGUGAGUCAAACUUCUAAGGGGAAGUAGAUUGCGCCACAAAUGAGAUGCUAUCAAGUAUGGUUUUGUUGAAGGGGGAAAACCCAUUCACCAUUCAUGAAUCUGUGUGAAGUGAUCAUCACUUGCUCUGUUUGAACCAGGAUCAUUCUUGUUUGUUUUCUAAAUUAAUUGAGAUUUGUUGUCAUUUCAUGUAUUAAAACUGGACUUCCACGUGAAAAAGGACAUAAAUGGAAAUUAGAUUAUGUAGCCUAUCAGAGUUGUAUGUUUCCCUAAGAAAUAUGAAAUAUAUGGUUGAGCUCUCCCUCAGUUAUAGCCUUAAUAUGUUCUAAUAAACUGAGCAAUCAAUA